AUGGCCGCUCAAUCUAGUGGGAGAACCCACACCAGAAUCCUAGGUGCCUCAGACUACGAUGAGGCUGCAUACUGGGACGAGAAAUUCGCAAAUAAGAAAGAUAUCGGGGAAUGGUUGAAUACGGGAGACGCGAUCAUAGACGUGGCCCUGUCUAGCCUGGACGGUCGGCAGUUUGACGAAAGCACUGGCCAUCCCCGCGUGCUGCAUCUCGGUCCGGGCAUCUCAAAGUUGGGAUCAAGACUUCGCGAUGCGUUCGUACAGCGUGGUUUGCAAGGAAAUAGCAUUGUGAACGUCGACUUUUCGGCUGAGGCUGUUCGCCUGGGUCAGGAUCUUGAAACAGGUCUUGAUCCUACCCGAGCAAUGCACUGGCUACAGGCUGACCUGCGAUCCUGGGCCGAUGUCUCCGAAAUCUCCUGCUUCGCUCCCGUCGACAUGAUACUUGACAAGAGUACGAGCGAUGCGAUCGCGACGUCCGCACCCGUGGCAUUCUCAUCUUCUUCUGAUGUAUCGGAUACCUGCGAAGAAAUACAAACGCUUGUGACAAAGGGCGGGGCGAUUACGUUACUGCCUGUCGAGGUGUUGGCCCUGCAUCUUGCACCGCUGGCUCGACCCGGUGCCAUUUGGAUUGCCCUUUCAUUUUCGGCCACUCGGUUUGAGAAUCUACCUCGUGCCAUGGCACACUGGGCUGUGGUGGCCCGGAAAGCGUUGAAAGCACCGCAUGGCCACUCCUCUCCAUCGGUGCACACACCUGAGGUGUUCCACUGGCUUUAUAUCUUGAAGCGCAAGUAG